GUCACGCACGGCGCAGGACGCUCGGGCACUUCAUACAUGCGACACACCCAGUACUGGCAGCACUUUCGGCCACUAGUGCAACCUCAACACGGGCGGGCUGGGGCGGGCACGGCGGACUUGGUGGGGUUAUCGGGAGCUGCGAGGCCGGAGGCCCCCUCGUGGCGAAUCCUGGAGCGUUCAGACCCGGGCUCCCAGGCGCGGCUGCUUUCCAGCAAUUUCAUCUUCUUCUCAGAGUCAUGCAAUCCGCUGCCAGGCCGGGUUGACAACCUGGGACAGUUGGCCGAGCUAGUGGCAGCGGCGCAGGCGACCGGGCAGCUGCCGGCUGACAUCCCCAUCAGCAUCACGCCGCGUGUCAACCAGACCGGUUGUGUGGACAUCAACAGUAAUUCUGAAGCGAGCGCCUACCCAAUGGCCCGGAGGUGCUGGCCAGACGUCGUUGCCUUUGAAUCAAUGGUGGCCAGCGGCCAAGAGAUCAACUCUGCCGGUGCACCCGAGGCAACUAACUACAUUUGGGUAGUCCAAAACCUCACCUCGCCCUGCCUCCGGCUGGCGGAUGACAAAUGCUUGGACGCCUAUGGCCCUGUGGGCUGCAACGCCUGGGCCAUCAGCAACAUCCCACCGGCUCCCAUCGUCACAAUGAGAAACCCUAACAGGGGCGGGCUUGAUGCAUCCGCGCAAGAAUCAGGGGAUGAUGGCAAUGAUACAGCAGUCGCCAUUGCACUGGCGUGUGCGCUGGGAGGUGCGGCCCUGCUGACGCUCUUGACCGCCGGUGUCGUGUGCUGGCGGUCUGCAUGGAGGCGGCGGCGCAAUGGGCUGGGCGGCGACAUGGCGAGCAAGCUAGAGUCACGGCAGCUUGCAGCAGUCGAUGCGGAGCCCAACAGCAAACCUGCUGGCGGUUUGGCAGCUGUGUUCUCUUUCACGUUGUGCACAGACGUGUCGGAGAGGACGACCGCCAAGGGUGCUGCUACCGCCGUUGUGGCGGCGGCGGCCGGCGGUAGCCAAGCCGGCGCCGUCGGCAGCUUCACGGAGGAGUGUAUUGAGUGCACGGACGCAAGCGGCCGGACGGCUGGUGCCAGGGAGUCAACAGCGGACGGCUGCCUGCUGAAGGACGAGGACACGAGUGGCAUCGGCACUGCCAGCCGCCAAACGUCCCUGCAGCCACGGGUCUCCCCAAAUGGCAGCGAAGCAGCACCCCUCCUACUGGCGGGACCCGUCCUGCCCACCAGUCCCUUCCGCCCAGACCUCGACCUCAAUCUCAGCAUUAACGCCGGCGUAGCGGUAACCGCGGCGGGUGGAGCCGUGCUGAGGACCGAACCAAAGGUCGCGGCAACGGCGACGGCCGUGGCUGUUCCGCCACCUGCCGUUGCAGCUGCAGCAGUUGCCGCUGGCGUGGCGGCGGUCAUGAUGCCUCCCCAGCAGCAAAUGGCAGCACUGCUUCCGGGGUUCCGACAAACAAAUGCGGUCGCAGUGGGUGCCCCCCAGGUGCCGCAGCCGCAGCUGCCGCUACCAGCGCGGCGGCAUUCACCACCCGGGGACAUCAGCUCUUCCAGCUUCGGGCCUCCGGAUCCUGCUGCAGCAGCAACGCCAGCCGCUGCGGAGGCGCUCCGCAGUGACCGUCGCGCGUGCGGGACGGCCACGUGCUCACACACACCAGCCCAGGCCCAGCUGCUGCUGUCCUCAGCAGGGAGGGCUGCUGCUGUGGAACCUGUCUCGUACGUGUCAAGCAUUCGGCAAGCCGCUGGCUUGGGCAGUGGCGUUGAGGACGGCACUGGUGGCACUGUUGACGGGAACCAGGAUGACGGGCAUCUCAAGUUCCCGGCUGUGAACACGGCAGCGGCAGCGGACGUCUCCGGCAGUGGUUGUGCUGUGGAGUCGGCCGGCGCACAUUGCAUGUCCGUACCUCUUGGUUUAGAAACCCUGGGUGUGGGACCUUCGACAGCAGCAACCGUGCAUCCGGUAGUGGGGUCCGGGGGCGCGUCAACUGCUGGGCUUCAUGGCAGUGCCGCCGGUGGCACAGCACACGUUUCCGGCGGUCUAACAGAGUGCAGCAUCUCCCGCUCCCUGCCCAACAUGGCCGCUGCGGCCUAUGCGUCCACGGACAACACUCUACAUUUGCUGCCGGUGGUGCGCGGCUGCGGUGGGUUUGGGCGCGUGUACGAGGGCGUCUAUCAGGGGCAGAAGGUGGCGGUGAAGAUGCUGGUGCGGGACGGUGAGGGCGCGGCGGCCGGCAACACGGCAGCUCUGGUAACGGCGCUGCAACAGGAAAUCAACGUGCUUGGACGGUGCUCUCACCCCAACGUGGUUCGCCUCAUCGCGGCGUGCCUGGACCCCCGCCAGCCCUGCCUGGUCAUGGAGCUGUGUGGGACGUCGCUGGAGGCACUCAUAUACAACCGCCGCUGCGGUGAAGGGGGUGCAAAUGCAGCGGCGCAAUCGCCAUUGAUGCCUCUGGAUCAGGUCCUGAAUGUGGCUCUGGGCAUCUCCUCCGCCCUGUCGUACAUGCACCCCACCAUCACCCACCGCGACCUCAAGCCCGCCAACGUGCUCCUGAACAACGCGCACAGCGACUUGCCCGAGGUUAAACUGGCGGAUUUCGGGCUGGCCCGAAUCAGGGCCACCACCAUGCCCACACUUGAACCAGAGGCUGGCACGACAGCGUACAUCGCUCCAGAGUGCUUUGACGUUACAAACACCAUCAUCACACACCACGCAGACCUGUACUCCCUGGGUGUAUGCAUCUGGGCCAUGUUCACCGGCGAGCAGCCCUGGCGCGACUUCUCAAUCGUGGCAAUCGCCUUCAAGGUGUGCGUCCGCAGUGAGAGGCUGCCGCUAGAUCGCAUCCCCCGCAGCUGCUGCCCGCCCCGGCUGCUUCAGCUGGUCAAGUUGCUGUUCGAUGCAGAUCCACGUCGGCGUCCUGCAGCCGAGGAGGUUGCCAAAGAGCUAAUGCUCGUCAAGCAGCAGCUGCUGCGGCAGCAGAAGGCAUGAGAAGUACUGACAGCACAGGGUACUGUUAGUGUCAGGGGCAGGUUGGGAUGCGCGAUUCGGACGUGGCGUGUUGAUGUCAUGGUCACCCUGGACCUUUUCGUUACAUCGGACAUUAUGCUUCUCGGAAAUCUGGGUUGCGUGAUUCCUGCACACGAUUAGAGUUGUGACACUCUAAGCAUGGUGUUGAGAGGAACUUAGAUCCAAAAGGGAAUGUUCGUUACAGGUGUGGUGACUACACGAAAGGCCUCGGUGCCUAUAAGGAGAUGUCAUGCAUGCUGCUCGAAAGCCGUUCACCGUCCUGUUUGAUUAUUGUGUAUGUUAUCUGACUCGCAGAGAGUGCUUCGAGUUCUAAUUGAUGAGUGUCUCUCGAGCUGUACUGAAUCAGACGGAGGCACACCCGUGGGCACACCAUGUUGCACUGGAGCACUGCAUUACAGUCGUCAACAACUGAAGCUGCUGUGUUGUUGUCAGCAGAGUCGUUGGUGAAUGUGUUUCAACGGAGGACGAUUGAUUACUUUAGUUUUACCGUGUGCAAUCUACUCUGGUCACGGCCUGGCAUUCCCCGGGGUUGAGGUUUGCCGCGGCGCCUGGACGAGGGGGGGGUGAGGACCCCGUUAACCCGCGACCAGAAGACGACGAACAGGCCGCCUCUGUCCGUCCAUGUGUGCGUGUAACUACUGAGAUUUCCGCAAGUUACAAGUUGUAAGGAGCAACGGUGGGGCAUUGAUACAGUAAUGUGUGGUGCGUUAGUAGUGACAGACAGCUAUGUGCCCGGCCAUGUGUAACCGUCUCACACG